AUGAUUCUUCCGGACGCCUUCGACUUCUUAGCUUCGCCGUUCUUGGUGCCGGUUCUCUGCACCGGGGCCGUUUUCUGGAUGCACUCCAAAAAGCAGAAGCCCGACGAGACGAGCCAGCUGCGCCAGAUGCUUUGGGGCAUCCAGUUCGAGCCCUUUCGCCAGCAGCAGCAGCUGAUGAUCGGGCUGCUGAGCUGCUUGGGGCUCCUGCUGCUGGUUGCUGCUGCUGCCGUCAGGCUCGGGCCCUUGGCAGGAGCCCUGGCUUUGGCAGUGGCCUCCCUGGGGCUCCGGCCGCUUUGGCGCCUCGUUUUGGGGAAGCUCCGGCGCCUGCGCUCCCGGAACCUCCUUUGCUCCAAGGGGGGCUCGGCAGAUUCGGAUCUGGAGCCCUGUGAAGCGAAACUGCCCGUCUGGAUCGUGACGGGCUUCCUGGGCAGUGGGAAGACCACCCUGGUGAACCACAUCCUUCGGCAAGGCCAUCGGCUCCUGGUCAUCCAGAAUGAGACAGGAGACACGAGCCUCGAUGCCGAGCUGGUGAUUGAGGCAGCCGGUGAGGAGAAUGUCAUGUUGAUCAAUGGAUGCGCUUGCUGUCAAAUUCGACGUGACCUUCGAGAUCUUCUCUGCCGCGUAAGGGAUAAGGGCAUGGGUGACGUGGAGGGCAUCGUCAUUGAGUGUUGCGGCCUGGCAGAUCCACGUGCUGUGGUCCAAACCUUCCUCCUCGAUGAGGAGAUGAAAAGGAGCCUACAGAUCCAAGAGGUCAUUGCAGUCAUUGAUGCUGCGCACGUGGCCCGGCAUUUGCUAGCCACCACCUCCACCCCGGCCGCACGGCUGGUUGAGGUGCAGAUCGCUUUUGCCAGCGUGCUCCUACUGAACAAGAUUGACCAGUGCGAUGAUUUCGAUGCCCUUCGUCCGGCCAUAAGGGCGAUCAACUCUGUGCAGAUCUUACCGUGUACCUACUGCGAGGUGGACUUCGCUACAUUGUUCGCUGGAGCCGGAAAAGGCCCGUGCACGAAGCCAUGGCGGCAAGAUGGGGGGUGGUCCCCUUUCCGGGCUCUUACUGAGGACAUCCAGCUGCGGAGCAUCUGUGUUUCUGACCACGAGGACCAGCAGCCUUCCCCAGAGGGGCCGCUGCCAGAUCGUCCGCAGAUUCGCUGCAUCUCCGUGCGCGUCUGGGGCAGCCUGGAGCUUGACGCGUUCAACCGAUGGGUGCUGCGGACACUGCAGGACAUGGAUGUGAUGCGGGCGAAAGGGGUUCUGGCCAUCUCGGGCUAUGAUGCCAAGUUUGCGUUUCAAGCAGUCCAUGUUGCUUUCGACGGCACCGUCGCCCUUGCAUCAAAGUGGGGAAAGGACGAGAGACGAUUCUCAGAGGUGGUGAUCAUUGGCUUCGAAGUGCGAGCUGAUUUAAUCGAGCACGGACUCAAGCGCUGUAGAGCUUAG